ACCUGUAGUAAAACACUCGGGACUCGGGUCUGAUGCUUUUGUGAUCGAGAUUUCUCAGGAUCUCAAGCAAUCUCAAGUAUAAGGUUCCAUUGGAUAUUUUCUCAAUUCUAUCAACACGUCACUUGACUUCGCGCUACCCACGAAUGGGCAGAUCUGAGAAAUGAAAUGCAACAAAGAAGAACAAUUACUCUGAGUUUGUUUUAAAUUCAACGAAUUUAAAUAACGAGAUUUUAAUUAACGAGUUGUUGCUCCCACGAUGUUUUCGUUUUGUCUGAUUUAAAUUCCCAGUAUAUUUAUUUAAAUAUUAAAUUAUGUUGCAGCAAAAUUUUUCAAAAGAAAAAUUAUUCAUUUACAGACUUGUUUCUCCCGAAUAAGUUUUUGUGCAGAAUAAAAAUUUAAAUUUACCAGAAUGGCGACGUCAACUCAAAAAUCUUGGAAACUCCAGGAUUUUACUGCCCAUACUUCAAAUGUUAAGUGUCUUGCACUUGGUCACAAAUCAGGACGAGUUUUAGUAACUGGUGGUGAUGACAAAAAGGUUAACUUAUGGGCAGUUGGAAAGCAAAAUUGUAUAAUGAGUCUAAGUGGUCACACUACCGCUAUCGAAUGUGUAAGAUUUGGGCCAGCUGAAGAUGUUGUUUGUUCUGGUUCUCAUUCUGGAGCUUUAAAAAUAUGGGAUCUGGAGCAUGCGAAGUUGACCAGGACAUUUACAGGACACAAAGCUGGAAUAAAGUGCAUGGAUUUUCAUCCGUAUGGUGAAUUAUUGACAUCAGGAAGUGUGGAUACUGGGAUUAAAUUGUGGGAUAUUAGAAAACAAGGCUGCGUUUUUACAUACAGAGGUCACGAUAAAACAGUCAAUAGUUUGAAAUUUAGUCCCGAUGGUCAAUGGAUCGCUAGUGCAGGAGAAGAAGGAACUGUCAAGUUAUGGGACCUAAGAGUAGCAAAACUACUGAAAGAAUUUUCAGAGCACAAAGAAGCUGCGACAACAGUCGAGUUUCAUCCUCAUGAAUUUUUACUUGCCAGUGGGGGUAUGGACAAGACGGUUCAUUUCUGGGACUUGGAAUCAUUUAAAUUGGUAUCUUCAGUGCAAAAUGUAUCAGCAAUAAGAUGUCUUCAUUUUAGUCAAGACGGGGAGUGUUUAUAUACUGGGACUCAAGAUCUUUUGGAAGUACACCGUUGGGAACCAGCACGAACACUGGACACUGUGACAACUAGUUGGGGUAAAGUUCAAGAUAUUGCUAUUGCACGGACUCAGCUGUUUGCCGCAAGUUUUAAUGGUUCAAAUGUUAAGCUAUUUGUUUGUGAUUUAAAUAAAAUAACGUCUUCUACUAAUUCUUCUGAAUCGUUGUCACCAUUCGCUCAUGGAAAUCCGUUGAAAAAGAGCUUCACGAAAGACAAUUUAAAAAAAAAUGUCUCUGAACUUCAUGACGAAACUCAGAAAGUGACCAGGGUGGCCAUGAGCCGAGAAAGCCGGUAAUAUCGGGAAUUAUCAGGGAAUUUAAUGCAACCGGGAAACAUUAUGGAAAUGUCAGGGAAUUCCGAAUAGUAUCCGGGAAUUAAAUUGUAACAGUUCAAAAUUUAAAAAAUUUUCAAUUAUACUCUAGUUAUAAAAAUUAAGGGAUAAGGUAAAUGUCCCAAUAUUGGAACGACAAAGGGUAUACGACUGAUUUUUAUCGUUUUAAAAAUAUUCAAAUAGAUCAUAAACCACAAUAAUUUGUUAUAUCAUAUAGAAUAGACAUUUACCUAUUCAAAAAUAAUUAAAUUAGUUCAUUUUUCUUAAAUUUAAUAUAAAAAAAAAUUUUUUUCUAUGACACCCAAAAGACUCAAUACCGGAACGCUGAAAUAGCCUUGUCCCAAUACGGGAAUUCGGUUGUCCUAAUACCGGGACAGUAAAGAAAAUGAGUUAAUUUUUGCAUUUAUUCAUAGUGAAAAUAUUAACAAUUAUUAAAUAAUAUUAAUGUAAAACGAGUGUGAAUGUAGCAGACAUCAGACAGCUUUAAAAUUAUAAAUAAAUAAGAUAAAUAAUUAAAAAAAUAAUAUUUAUAAAAAAAGGACUAUUAAUUUCAAAAUUUUUUGAAUGCGCACUUUUUAAAAUUUUAUUUUAUUAAUUACUUACUCGAUUUAUUAAUAAUUUUAAAUUUUACUGAUAUCUGCUAUGUCACACUCAUAAUGUAAAAUGUAUUUUAAA